ACGUCUUAUCUCCGCUAUCGAUCUCAUCGCCCCAAACUCUAACAUGCAAGUCAAGACAGUCUCUAAAGUCCACCUCCUAUUUUUAGAAACUCACUUAUAAACAACACACCCACUUCUCAUCGUACUCACAUUAACCCCCUCAAAAUGUCGGCCUAUGUGUCAAUAACUGUGUCACAGGACGGCUCCGGUGACUAUCUCACCGUACAGGAGGCCAUCGACGCCGUGCCUCUAUGCAACACGUGUCGCACUGUGAUUCGUAUCAGUCCCGGCACCUACCGGCAGCCGGUGUACGUCCCCAAGACCAAGAACCUCAUCACACUCGCGGGUCUGCGCCCGGAGGAGACUGUGCUGACGUGGAACAACACCGCCACCAAAAUCGAGCACCACCAGGCUUCUAGGGUGAUUGGGACUGGGACUUUUGGAUGUGGGAGUACAAUUGUGGAAGGAGAGGACUUCAUUGCUGAGAAUAUCACAUUUGAGAAUUCUUCUCCUGAGGGUUCAGGCCAAGCUGUGGCAAUUAGAGUAACAGCGGAUCGGUGUGCCUUUUAUAACUGCAGAUUCCUUGGAUGGCAGGAUACACUGUACUUGCAUUAUGGAAAGCAGUAUUUGAAAGAUUGUUAUAUUGAAGGAAGUGUAGACUUUAUUUUUGGUAAUAGCACAGCUCUUUUGGAGCAUUGUCAUAUCCACUGCAAGUCAGCAGGUUUCAUAACUGCGCAAAGCAGGAAAUCAUCCCAGGAGACAACAGGAUAUGUGUUCCUAAGAUGUGUAAUAACUGGAAAUGGAGGUGCUCCAUACACAUUACUGGGACGACCAUGGGGACCUUUUGGAAGAGUGGUCUUUGCAUUUACAUAUAUGGAUGCAUGCAUCAAACAUGUAGGCUGGCAUAAUUGGGGCAAAACAGAGAAUGAAAGAAGUGCUUGCUUUUAUGAAUACAGGUGUUUUGGACCGGGUAGUUGCCCAUCAAAUCGAGUGACAUGGGCUAGAGAACUGGUAGAUGAGGAAGCAGACCAGUUCCUCCAGCAUUCUUACAUCGACCCAGACCCCCAAAGGCCUUGGCUUGCUCAGAGAAUGGCCCUAAGAAUACCAUAUUCUGCAUAGAAGUUUAAAUCAGAAUUACAUGGGGCAGACCCCCAGCAAAUGAUAAGAGAAUAUAUAGAUAUCAUUCUAGGGUGAGUGAAUAAGAAAGCACACAGUUACAGUUUCAAUUUUGCUUUGCGAAGAUAUUGAAGGUAUUUCAUGGUGUAUUUUAAUUUAAGCUUCCUAGCAGAUGUAAGUGCGUGUAUGUUACAGAAUUUCAGUUUUGAUUUGGCUAAAUCAAUUUAAUGUUGCAGCAGGAUUGGUUUUCAGCUUUAAGAAAGUAGUAUAAAAACACGGCUCGCUGAAUGUGAUUUCUGUUCUUUCGAACUUAUAUCCAACUGAUGAAACUUGUGC